GUUUGUUAAGGAGAAACAUAAACACGCGUUUUAAGUACGUGCCAAUAAUGAUGUUGAUGAUGAUGAUGAUGAGUAUUAUUAUUGUUACCUGGAUAGAGCGCAUACUCAUCAUCAUCAUCAUCACCAUCACCACCAUCAGGAUCUCUCCCUCUGUUUAUCUUCUUGUACGAGUGAAAAUCUCUCACUUUACUUUUUAUAUUAGCAAUUGAUGUUUGGUAUCAAGUUGAAAGAGAUCAAGUUAAUUUUGUUUGUUUGUUAUCGAAACAAUUGUUUCAUGUUAUCAUAUUAAAAUAUUAUUAAUAUCGCGAAUUUGAUGAUUAGUGGACUUGCAAUGGAUUAUAUUGAGUUUUUAUUCAUUUUUCAUUCACAAUCAACUAAUUGUGUUGAAAGAUAUGAUUUUGUGACACCAACAAGAUGAUUGUUAAUAUUGAUCAUCACCAAUCUCAUCAUCAUCAUCAUCAUUUUCAUCAUUUUCAUCACAAUGAAUAUGAUUAAUUUAUUGCGAUCAUCUCUAUUAUUAUUAGCAAUAAUAAUAUCAUCAUUGAUUAGUGAUGAUAAUUUGGUUGUUAAUUGUGUUGAAAUUGGAAUUGUAAAUCUAAAAGAGUCAAUCAGUGAACUUGAAGAUUAUGUGAAAAAUUUGACUAUCCAAUUGCACCAAACUGAAUUACGAUUAUCUCGAGUAGAAGAUGAUUGUAAAUGUAUCAAUAGUAAUUAUAAGAGUGAGAAUCAAAUUAAACUCCAAUUAGAGGUGGAGAGAAAAGGAGAGAGAGAAAGAGAGAGAGAAAAUUGUUUAUUAUCAAAUGGAUCUAGUGUUGUACAUUCAUCUAAAUGGAUUAGCAAUUGUUCAAAUUGUUUCUGUGAUCAUGGAGUAAUUAAUUGUUCCCCAAUGAAAUGUGAUUCGCCGGUCAAUUGUAAGGCAAGUUCCUUGUAUUUCGCAUCAGCGACUGAUUGUUGUCCAAUUUGUCACAAAAAGUGUCUCAAAGAUGGAAAGUACAUUGAACAUAACGAUGUCUACGUGAAAGACUGUGUCAAGUGCGUUUGUUAUGAAGGGUCACUGCGGUGUAAGAGGUUGAAUCCAUUGAGUUAUUGUCCACGAUUAGAGUGUCCAGUUGAGAAGCAGUUCAAGGCUGAUGGUGAAUGUUGCAAGUAUUGUGUGGACACCGAUUUCUGUGGCAAUGGACACGAUUGUCAUUCUAAUGAAUGUAUCAAUUUAAAGACUGGAUUCACCUGUAAAUGUGCCGAUGGGUAUUGGGGAGACGGACGAUUGUGUUCUGAUAUAAACGAAUGCAAUUCAUUGGGUGGAAUGGGAAAUCUAUGUAGAGAUAAUACUAAAUGUGUCAAUACAAAUGGUUCCUAUUAUUGUCAAUGUUUACCUGGAUUCCGACGACGAGAUUCACUUAAUUGUCUUGAUAUUGAUGAAUGUGCGACAAAUGAACACAAAUGCAAUGAAAAUAGUAAAUGUAUCAACACUCAUGGUAAUUAUUCGUGUUUAUGUUUACAUGGAUUCACUGGCGAUGGUUUUAAUUGUCAACCGAUCUGUAAUAAGAAAUGUGCCAAUGGUGGUAAAUGUAUUGGACCAGAUAAAUGUCUUUGUAAACGAGGAUUUCAUGGGAAAUAUUGUGAAAAAGAUAUCGAUGAAUGUUCAUUGAAUUUACAUGAAUGUCCAUCCAAUUCAAAGUGUAUCAAUAAACCGGGUUGGUAUUAUUGUCAAUGUUUAGAUGGUUAUACAAGUUACAUAGACAAAAGUGAUUCUAAUCAUGAUCAACUGAAAUGCGUUGAUUUAAAUGAAUGUAAUACAAGAGUAGAUACUUGUAAUGAGGAAAGAAUAUGUGUCAAUACUGAAGGUGGAUAUCAAUGUCAAUGUCCAUCUUCUUCCUCAUCUUCCUCAUCUUCCUCAUCAUCUUCAUCUUCUUCUCUGGACUCUUCAUGUUCAAGAGAUUGUGUUGUCAAUGGAUUAAGACGAUUACAUGGAUCUAAAUGGGAUUCAGAGUUUGAUUCUUGUUUCCAAUGUUCAUGUUCAUUUGGAGUAACUAAUUGUUCAAAAAGACAAUGUAAUUGUAAUUCAACAACAACAACAAAUGAUUCAAUUGAUUUCAAUUGUUGUCCUGAGUGUAAAAAGUCAAUUGAUUGUGUUGAUCAAUUGGACGAAACAAUUAAAUAUAAAAAUGGACAAACUUGGUUAUCCAAAUGUAAAUCCUGUCAAUGUUUGUUUGGUGAAUCAAAAUGUCGCGAUAUUGAUUGUCCACCAAUAAAAUGCUCAAAUCCAAUUAAAUCUGCUGAUGAUUGUUCUUAUUGUGGUGAUGAUCCUUGUGGUGAUUAUAUUGAUGGUUUAGAUAAUCACAAUUCAUUUGACAAUCUAAUCAAACCUGGAAUCUCAAUUAACUCAAGUCUAUCAUCUGGUUGUAUGUAUCUUGGUAAAUUAUAUGCAAAUGAUCAACAAAUUGUAAUUGGAAAAGAUCCUUGUGCUAAUUGUAAAUGUAAAAAUGGUCGAUUAUGUUGUACAUAUAACACUCGUUGUAUCGCUAAUUUAUCAACAUCUUCAACCAAUUUGAACACAAUCAACUCAAUAGAUUCAAAUUAAAUCACCUAUUCAAAAAUGAACAGUUAAUUGAUGAAUCAACCCCAAUUGGAUAAAAGCAAUACCAAUGAGUAUCAACAAAUGGUAAACUUUGAUCGUUGAACAAUUUAAUUGUUGAUUCAGUUGAUCUAAACUAAUGAUCAUCAAUGAUUAUUUAUUGCUUGAGAAUCAAAAUCCAUUUAUUUGAUUAACAAUCAGAAUAACUUAAAGAUAAUUAAUAAAAUGUUUCACAAUUCUAAUACUUAAUUGUCACAAUUUACAUUCUCACCACAAACUAAAUUAACAGAAACUCAUCAAUUGUAAAUGUUUUUUUUGUAUUUCUAAUCAACUUGUUAUUUUAUUGAUUUAAUAUUUAAUUGUAAUAAUAAUAAAAUUCAAAUUGUUAUACA